GACAUAAUUACGUAAUGUGCUAUUUAUCGCACUAGUGAGGUAAAGUAGCACCAUAUGUACUGUAAAGAAUUAGUUAAGUAUCUCAGUAGUACAAAAGACAUCAACGCGUGCAUAAUAUAUGAAUAUUACUCAUGAAAUAUUCGCGCGUUGGUGUCUUUUCCACUGUACCGCGACGCUACGUGAUUGGUCAAUUUCAUCCAUACGAAAUCAUAAUUCAACCAUUACACGAGUAGGAACAGAAAAAAAUUGCCAACCGUGUAAUAACAUACUUACUCAAUUAUCAAAAAGAAACCUUUGUUCUAUAAAUAGGUAGCUAACAAUGAUUCACUGCCUAAUGGAAUUCCUCACCUCGGAAUUUUGUCCAAAAACUUUUACAAUUAAUUCUAUUUAAACCACAUUUAAACGUAACACCUAACGUACUUAUUUCAUCAGACGCUAUUGUUUGACAUUCAGCCAACGAAAACCAUUCAACGUAAUAAAUGUUUCUUUGUUAUGAGCUUGAAAUCGAAAGUCUCGAAACAGUCGAAUCCCUAGACAUUUAAGCGUAGGUAUACCUAACUUAAUACAAUACAUUCUGAAAAUCUUUCUUAUUGACUGAGCGGGCGCCAAACACGAGCGAAGCGUGUCGGUUUCUGCUUGAGCAAAAAUGCUUUCGUAUGUCCGGCUGUUCUCGUCUACAGUAGGGCUAAGAUGGUCGGCGUUUUAUCAUUUUUCGCCAUGUUCUAACAAGCAUAUAUUAUGUAUAAGCGCGAAAGUGACGGGCAUAGUGACAAGUGAUAAAAAUGGAAGCAUGCUGCCACCGCAGUAGGGCUAAGAUGGUCGGCUCUUUAUCAUCUGUCACCAUGCCUGUCACGUUCUAACAAGUAUGUAAGUUAGAAAGUGACACACGACAUGAUAAGUGAUAAAAAUGCGACCAUGAUAGCGCCGCAGGUCGCAUUUCUUAACCAUUCUUGUAAAAUUUUAUGAGCAAGAUCGAUAUUUAAAAUUAAAAUUUAUAAUUAGGUAAAUGGAUUUUUUUCUCGAUUUAGGUUUCAGAUUUUUUCUAAAUGGUGGAUUUUGACUCGUAGCCGACAGCUUGCAGAGGUUAGUUAAGACACUUGAAACUGGUCGAUACAUUUUAGUAUUAAGUUUCGGACAAAAUCCUUAUCGGUUUCGAUGCGGGGACGCCUCAUGCAAUUAUCCUUCGGGAAAUCAUGGGGCCAGCGGCGUAAAUGACGCAGUUAAUGGUCAAUUUCGUUAAUGGCACCGACUAUUACCUUUAGGUAUUCCUAUACUGAUUUUAGUCCUUAGCUAGCGCCAGCUACCUAUUAAAACUACCCCACCUAUUCCAAUGAACUUUAUUGAUAAAAGCUAACACAAAGCAAAUGUUUGGUUAAGUUGAAAAAUCGCCAGAAGGUCAUUCACAUUUCACAUCGGCAUCAUAUGCAAAUGAAAAACAACCCGCAAACUUUGCUAACCCAAAACGCAUGAUAAAUAAUGGUUAUCCAAUUAACUAGCUAUUGUGAUACGAGUUGGUGAUUUGAUUACACCCCAGCAGGUCCGGGUGUAACAAGUGGAGCCCCCGCCAUUCUACUCGUUCAUUCAGCUUCACUCCGAAACCGGUCGCCGCGGCGUGAGGGCGUCCGUUGCCCGCCUACACGCGUUCGCGCGAAAUUUAAACAUAAACAAAAUAGAGUAUUUCGUUUAAUUUUUUUAGCGUCAGUGUUUGUUUUAAUCUAUUUUUUUGUGUCUAUUUUAUUUGGAUUCCUGUUUGCGUGCCAUGAUAGAUUUAUCAUAAAAGUUUAGUAGUAUUUUUUAAAGUGGAUAUAUUAAUGAGAAAAAUGGGUGAGCAAUCGUUAAAUAUGCCUGAUGAGAAUAUAGAGCAGCAUAUAAUUACGUUAUUUGAGAAGUUGGAAGGUUUGAGGAAAGAUGGUAAUGAGGGGCUGGCUGGUAGAAUGCCGGCUCGGUUGGAAGUGAGGACUUUAUCGCUGUGGAAGGCUGUGUUAGCGGAGUGCGCAGCCUCGUUUUUGUAUGUGUUCAUAGUGUGCGGGGCAGCAAUCGGUGCUGGAGUCGGUGCUUCGGCCUCGGCGAUCCUACUCUCCACGGCCUUGGCCUCGGGAUGUGCCAUCGCCACGCUGACGCUGUGCUUUGUCAAUAUUUCUGGUGCACACAUCAACCCGGCGGUGUCGGCGGCGCUCUGUGUGCGCAGGCGCGUGUCGCCGUUGCGCGCGAUCCUCUAUGUGGCCGCGCAGUGCGGAGGAGCUAUAGCCGGAGCUGCUGCGAGUUUGGGCCUGACCAUGCCAGGAUACGGCGGCAGCUUGGCAGCCGCGUUGCCCGGCGCCGGCAGCGCGUGGGAGCGCCUCGGCGCUGAACUGGUGCUGUCCGGGUUGGUGGCGGCGGCCUACUUCGCCGCAAUGGAGCGCCGCUGGACCGGCGCGGCGCCCGCACUUCUUGGUGCGGCUUACUGUGCAGCGACCUUUGUCUCUAUGCCAUCAUUAAACCCAGCGCGCUCGCUAGGUCCUUCAUUCGUCCUGUCUCGCUGGGACAGCCACUGGGUGAGCUGGGUCGGCGGGCUCGGCGGCGGCGCGGCCUGCGCCCUCCUCCACGAGUGGGGCUCGCGGCGCCCGCGCACCUCCUCCCGGGCCUCAUCUCCCCGAGACCUCGACGAUGAUAAGCCAGCUUUCACGCACUACAGACACGCCCCGACUUACUGCGCGGCCUCAGCCCCAAGGCCGGAUAAUGCUGAACCCUUGUAUUCGGGCACGAAGAGUCUGUACUGCAGGUCGCCGCCGCCAGCGAGGCACACGCUUCACAGGUCAGCCGGACAGCACGCUCACAUGUCACAAUCCGUCUACAGCAAAGGCAGCAGCGCCACCACGGCCACCAACGGCCCGACGGCCGGCGCGCCGCUAGUGUCCGCGCAGUCACUACUACUCCGGCCGCACGCCACGCUGGCGCACGCGCACGCGCACGCACCGCACGCGCAGCACGCGCUCACGCACAAUCAGAACGCGCAUAAUGCGCAGCGCGAACCUGCGUAUGGCACCGCGAAUGGAGUCAGGCCGGGACCUGCUGGAGCCCCGGGCACCGAGCGCCGCGACUCGCUGUACAGCGGGAGGCGCGGGCCGCUGUCGUCCGAGGACUCGGCCUACUCCACGUACUCGCGCUCCAACUACCGCCCCGACCACUACUAGCGACGCGCCUCGCAGCACAACAUUGCGCUGCUCUUCGACGUCUAAUGACGUUGGCGUUACGUCUGACUGGACGUCUAAUCGGGACACUGACUUGACUGACGCCUCUGUCACGCCUGAGUGACAAACGUUACAGUGCAACAGUGAUUAUCGAAGCUAUGGCUUUGUGCUGUAGAUUGGGACACAGGCAAAGUUAUAGACGACGCUGUGUGACAAGUUAAAUUCCUGUAAAGUUUACAAAUACAGUGACGCUUGAGUGGGGCGCGCGGCGCGGCGUUCAUUCGAAACAAAUGCAAACGUGUGUGAGCGACUUCAGUCCACGCCACUCAAAUUGGACGCUUGACGCCACGCUGCGCGCUCCGCCGAACGCGAAUAUUCCUGCAUCGUAGUUAGUAAUUAGCAUAAACAAAGAAUUUUAAUUAUCUUACGAUGUGAUGGCAAAGCUCCUACAUGGCAUGCGAGAGAGCAGUGCCAAGGUAAAAAUCAAAUUCCUAUAGAAGGUUAACAAGUGCCAUUUUCACGCCGCAAAGUCUAUACAGAGUUAAUUUUUAUUACUUACAUUUAUGAAAUAUAGUUUAAUCAGUGAAAAAUACCUAUAGCAUUCUAUCUCUCUAAAGAUCUUGUCGUUAAAAUGUGACAACAUUUAAAAUAGCUAAAUAAAGAACGGGCUCUCUCGCUGCUAUGCAGGAAAGGUCAUACAAUUCGGUCCGCGAAAAGGAAAUGGGAGAGCCAAAGUUUGGCUGAGGUCACAACUACAUUUAUCUGAUAGGGGGUGAGGUUUGAUUGUUUGGUCCUCGAGUCAAAAAGUUUGGGGCCCCUAAAUUAAAUAAAUAUAUUACUGAACACCUUUAGCCGAAUUGAUGGAUUAGCCACCACAUGAUGGUAUAUCAGCACUAAGUGUAAAAGAUGCAUUUAAUACUUGUUAUUGUAUUAUUACAACGAAUUAGUAUCACAAUAAUGUCAUUUAACUGUAUUAUUAGGCGUAUAACGACUGUAUUACUACCUGGGAGAAAAUAAUAAUUUAAUACGAGUAGGGUCAAGAAUGAGAAUGAGCCACUGCUCCCUCCUUGACCCUAUUAUGUUUUUAACAGACAUUCACUGGAAAAAUACAUAUAAUUAAGUGACUUACUUUAGUUU